UCUCAUUAAACUCACUCACUCACUCUCACUCACGCUGUCUCUGUCCGGGAAGGUCGCUUUCAGAAAAACCGCCUGUUGUGUCUGUGGGAUUCAUUCCAGUGGUGAGCUACAAACAGACACGCUUUCCUAGCUCUGCUGUUUUCUGUCUAUCCCGGACGUCUGCAGUAUAUUCGUGUGUUUGCGAGCCUGCUAUGUAUUCUAUUCUUAUAUAACGGAAUACACUCGAAUCUUCUCCCUGUGAAGAAAGAGGCGACGGACCGCCUGAACUCAACUAGCGGCUAAAGUCUCAUCUCGGUGGGGGUCUUGUUUUGUGUUUUACGGAGGACCCUGGUUCUGAGAACCCCCACAAAAUGGAGAAGUUAGAAAAUGGAAUCAAGCCAGUGAAAGAGUGUGAAUCUCCCGAGGACGAAGUGGUUGACCCCCGGAUCCAGGGGGAGUUGGACAGGUUGAACCAGUCUACAGAGGACAUCAACCGCUGGGAGACAGAGCUGGAGGACUGUCGUCAGAGGUUCCGCGCGGUGCUGGUGGAAGCCACAGUGAAGCUGGAUGAGCAGGUGAAGAGGAUCGGCAGAGCUGUAGAAGACUCCAAACCUUACUGGGAGGCCAGGAGAGAAGCUAGACAGGCCCAGCUGGAGGCCCAGAGGACGACGGGGGAGUUCCAGAGGGCGGUGGAGAUCCUGGGGGCGGCUAAAGAGACCAUCGCCCUGGCAGAGGAGAGACUACUGGAGCAGGACAGCAGACAGUUUGACUCUGCCUGGCAGGAGAUGCUCAACCACGCCACCAACAGGGUGAUGGAGGCGGAGACGACGAGGACUCGUAGCGAAUUAGAGCACAGAAAGACGGCGAACCACUACAAUGCCUGCAUCAGUUAUAUGAGACAGCUGGAGAAGAAACUCAAACGCACCAUCAACAAGUCCAGGCCAUAUUUUGAACUGAAGGCGAAAUACUACCUAAAACUGGAGCAACUAAAACGUUGCGUAGACGAGCAUCAGGCGAAACAGACCGUUGCCAAGGCAGACUACCGCACAGCGCUGCGUAACCUAGAGACCAUCUCCGAGGAGAUCCACGCCCGGCGAUGCUCCAUCACCAUGGGAACCAGAGGGAGGGGCGUGGGGGCCGAGGGGGAGGGAAGCCAUGAGGACAUCACCAACUUCAAGAUGGAGUCAGACGGACUGUCCAUGGUGUCUGUGACGUUUGAUGAAGAAGGAGGAUCAGAGGAAGAGACAGAAUCACACUCCACUUCCGCUCCCCUCGACAUGACCUCCUCCUCCCAUCAUCCCUCCUCCUCCUUCACCCCCUCUGCCUACCUCUCCUCUGCCCCCUCUCUCCUCUCCUCGUCCUGUCCCAGUACCAUGGAGGGACCCAGUCCUGGCGGCUGGCUAAGCCCAGAGUCGAGGUGUGGUUCAGGGCAUGACUGUCCUCACCUCAGCCCCCGUUCCCAGUGCAGUGGGGCCUCCUCCCCAGACCCAGACUGCGACCAAGAGAGAGGGGACAGAGCAGAGGGAGCAGAGCAGAAGUUGGAGCCGGGUCUGAGUAAGCUGACCCUGACCAUAACACACCCACUGCAUCCUGGGAAGGAUGACCCCAAAGGUGACCCUAAGACGACCUCCCCAUCACCCCACAACCCAUAGCCCCGUUCCAACAGCGAAUAACGCACAGAAGACUUCACCUCUCACAUCGUACCAUUGACUCAUGACCUUUAAACCUGAACUCUGAACUAUGAGGCUUUCUAUGGACGUGUUUAUGUUCACUCCAGAGGCAAAUCUGAAGUCAGCCACUAUUCCAUACAUAGGAAAUAAGGAAUAGUGGAAAUCAGUGGAGGCUGGUGGGAGUAGCUAUAGGAGGACGGGCUCAUUGUAUUGGCUGGAAUGGAAUGAAUGGAAC